AUGUUUGAAGAUGACGAGGACGAGAUUUAUGAAGCCAUUUAUGAAAACGGGCACUGGGUGUGGGAUACCCGGGAGGAAGCAUUAAAAUUUAUAAGAAAUGUGGUGUCAGAGUCAGACGUGUACGCGCCACGAUCAACCACUAAGCUCAAAACAAUCGAGUUUAAAGAUGACAAAGAUCUUUGGGAGCAGGACGUGAAGGAUGUGGUGUUAUUUACAGCGCCAACUUCAAUAUUGUCUCCAGCAGUGAUAAACAUGUUACACCUGCCCACCACGGAGCGGUUUUUACGAGCUUUAAUAUUGUGCUGCCAGUACUACUUACAGGUAUCAGAAAUAAUGACAAAUCGAACUAUAGAGCUGGAAACAAAGUUGCGAACUGAAAAUAGCGCGGAAAUAGAAGCCAGAUACAGUGAUGAUAUGGAAGAUCUAAGAUUGCUCAUCGCUAAGGAUUAUUAUAUGAUGCUUCUAGGUGAGGGAGAUUUUGCUAAAUAUCAUCACAUGGGUCCUCAAAAACUACACUCACUUUCCAAAAAAGAGGCUGCUUUUUUUGAAACUAUACUGAAGAUAGCCAUUCAAAUCGUCUGGAUUGCUCUUGAAUUGGAGGUAAAUAGAAUAUUUAAAUCUGAUAUUUACAACUCCGCGGAGCACAAAUUGAAUACAAACUAUCAAGUUAAAAUGAAUGACAGAGAGCAGUCUGUAUUAUUUGGACACUGCCUGCAUCUUGGUAAAAAAGUUAACAGCAACUCACCUCUUAUAAACGAGGUAUACUGCCACCGCGGAAUCGACUACCGUUUGUUUGGGCUUGGGGCUAUAAAAUAUCCAGGAUUAAAAACACGCUUAAGUUUUUUGGAAGGUAUACUAUCAGAACCAGAAGAAAAGUUUACAGAAUAUGGCUUUACUCUUGGAAUUUUGGGACUCGCUCGUUCGAGAUUUGAUAUAAUGUUAAAAGAAAUUAAAGCCUUUGCAGGCGCAGGAAGCGUGUCUUCAGCUAACAUCAGACACAGUUUAUCAAGGACAUCAAGAGUAAUGUCUCGUAAAAGCACAGCAUCCGCUAUUCCACAGAAGCUGUAUCCAAACAUUUAUAUACCGAGGAAGGACGAAAUAAAUGACAUCCUUGCCGACUUUUGUAAAGAAUCUCUUCCAAAGCUAAAAAAGAAUGAAGAACAACGUUUGAAAUGGAUUCACCGCAUCACUGGAAGAAAAGCUCUUAGGAAAGAUAUAAAAAAAGUUCCUUGA